GUUCAUUUACUUCAUUAACCCAAUCUCUUCCGAGCUGGCUGUACGUUCGGGAGUAGUUUAAUAGAAUUUAUUGUGGAAAAACAAGCGUGUGUAUUUAAAUUUGAGUAUUGGUUGAGAUUUAAAGAUUAGUAGUGUAAUAUAAAUAUAAAGACAGGGGAGACAGCUGAAUUUUUGGAUAGGACACCUUUUAUAUGGUGGUGCAACUCCCACGAACCACAACGGAAGGGCAGCGGAGCCAAGGGGGUGCUUCUCGCUCCUUGGGAGGAAGGGACGAUAGUCGUUCCUCAUCCAACAGCAGAAGGCGAUGGAUUCCUCCUUCUAGUUUGAGACGAGAUGCACUUACCCAAGACAAUCAAAAUGAGGUCAUUUUCCGAAAGAUCCGGGGUCUUCUUAACAAGCUCACCCCUGAAACCUUUGACAAGUUAAGCAAUGAACUUCUCAAUGUUGGACUGAAUGCCCGUGCUGUACUUGAAGAACUUAUUCUCUUGAUCUUCCAAAAGGCUCUUGAUGAACCAAAAUACUGUUCUAUGUACGCACAGCUGUGCAAACGGCUGUCAUCUGACUUGCUGGCAGUCUGA